AUGGAUCAUCAACCUCAAGAAAUAAGAGGUCGUGGUAAGAACAAAAGAAAAUGGAAUAAUGAGGAAGAUGCUAAGCUUGUGGAUGCACUCCUUGAUAUGGUAAAUCUUGGAACCUAUAAGGCUGAAAAUGGGUUCAAACCUGGCUACUUGAACUUUGUCGAGGACAAGUUGCGAGUCUCAUUGCCUAACUCUGGUUUCAAGGCUAAACCACAUAUUGAGUCAAGAAUUAAGACACUGAAGAGAGAUUUCAAUAUUGUGUAUGAUAUGUUAAAUGGUCCAAAUACAAGUGGAUUUGGUAUGGAUCCGAUAAAAAAAUGCAUUGUAGCCGAAAAGGCCGUAUGGGACUCUUACUUACAGAGUCAUCCUACCCAUGGAAUUUGGCAAAAUAAGGCUUUCCCCAUGUAUGACGACUUAGUCAUUAUUUUUGGAAAAGAUCGUGCUACUGGAGGAAAUGCCGAAGGUCCUAAUGAUAUGAUGGAAGAGAUAGAAAGGGAAGAUGUCAAUCCUAAUGCUGUCCCCAAGACUGCAACAGUUGACAAGAGGAAGAAAAGAAAAAGAAGUGUUGAUAACUUGAUGCCUAUGACAGACAUAAAGGAAGCAGCUUCGAUUAUUGGAAGUGAAAUUGCUAAAGCUAGUGAAAUUUUUGGUAAAGCAAUUGGAGUUGAUGCUGAAAUUUCAGAAAAGAGACAAAGGAUUGAUUCAGAGAUAAGAAAAAUUCCCGAUCUAGCUGUACUAGAUGUUAUUAAAGUGGUGUGUCGUAUCGCUCAAUCGCCCGAGUUAACCGACGUGUUUUUUAGCAUGACUGAAGAAGGAAGAGAGCAGUUGGCUAGAGCCAUCAUAAGUGACCAAGUUUAA